GGACUCCUGCCCCUGCUGCCAGCCAUGCUGCCCACCGCCGCCCUGGCCGGCUGUUCCGGGGCCGGUGCCGACCGGCAGCUCAUCCUGGCCAAGGUGCGGGCUCGGGUGCUGGAGCAUCUAAGCCCCCCGCUUCUCCAGGAGGAGCCCCAGAAGGAAGCGAGGAGAGUGCACCGGAGAGAUGUCCUUGAAAACGCCGAAGUCGAGCCCGAGGAGCUGGAGGACACCUCCCAGGUGAUCCUCUUCCCUUCCACAGACGUGCCCUGCGAGCCCACGCAGCCGGACAGGCUCCUGGAGGAAGAAGGGAUUUUCACCUACCUCUUCCAGCCCUCGGCGCACACCCUGAGCCGCACGGUGACCUCCGCCCAGCUCUGGUUUUACACUGGCCCCUCGCCUGGGAACACCAGCUUUCCAUCAGAGGCAGCCACGGAGGCGGCGCGUGGUUGUGCAGUGGGAUGCGAGCUCCUGGAGCUUUUGGCCAGAGGAGGGAGGGGAUGGGUGAGCGCUGCAAGAGGGGUCCAGCUCUGA